UCUUAGUGAGCUUCUCAAACACUUUCGUCUUUGUUUUUUUUUUGCUUCUGUAUAAUUGUGUUCUGUGCCUUUUAGAUUGUGUUCUGUGUGUGUUUUUGUAGAACAAACGAGAAACAGAGAUGAUGAUAAGAGGUGAAUUUGGAGAAGCUUCGUCUCCUCCUUCGUUUCUCUCACGUUCUCCUUCGUCUCCUCUUCAAACCCAAUCACAUCAUCAUCACUCUCAAAACUUCAAUCGUCAUAAUCAAAAUCUCUUUCCCGGUGACUCAUCUUAUAGGUUCUGUCUCAGAUCACCGUCUGAUUACUCGCUAUCGAGUUACUUCUCGAACGGGUUGUGUUCUUCUGAAGAUGGUUCGUCUCAGUUCGCUUCUCCUCCACUCGAUGGCAUGAUGAUGACGAAGUGUAAUCUUGGUGGUGACGAUUUGGGUCUUUGCGAAAGUUUCGAUCUUUUGAAUGUUGGAGAAGAAGGAGACAAGACUCUUCAUCAUGUACGAACAGAUCAGACUCAUCACCAAAACAACAACCAAAGGAGCAAUUUUGGAAACUAUGAAGCUAGUGGUGGUGAUGGUGGGUUUGGUUAUUACUCUGGCUUUGGUGUUGAUCAAAAGGAUCAACCUUUACUGUUCCCAAACCAAAACGAUCAAAUCCUCAAGUCUGUGAAUUUAGGAUUACAGAGUUUUAACAAUAAUUACUCUGUUCCAUCAUUGGUUCAUCGAACAUUGUUUGAUCAUCAAGGCAGUAGCAGUAACAAGCCUCCACAGAGUCUUCUUCCUAAAGUAUCUGAGUACCAGGGAUAUGUUUACAUAAUGGCUAAAGAUCAGCAUGGAUGCAGAUUCUUACAGAGGAUCUUUGAAGAUGGAAGUGCUUUAGAUGCUAUGAUCAUUUUCAAUGAGGUGAUUCCUCAUGUUGUUGAGCUUAUGAUGGAUCCUUUUGGGAAUUACUUGAUGCAGAAACUUUUAGAUGUUUGUAAUGAAGAACAAAGAACACAGAUCAUACUCAUGGUUACUUCAGAGCCUGGUCAGCUUAUUCGAAUAUCACUCAAUGCUUACGGUACUCGAGUUGUUCAGAGAUUAGUGGAAUCAAUCAAGACUAGGAAGCAGAUUACUCUGGUGAAAUCAGCUCUGAGGCCUGGAUUUCUCAAUCUCAUUAGGGAUUUAAAUGGGAAUCAUGUGAUUCAACGUUGCUUACAGUGCCUAAGCACAGAAGAUAACGAGUUCAUCUUUGAAGAUGCAACAAAGUACUGUAUAGAUAUCGCGACACAUCGACAUGGAUGCUGUGUGUUACAAAAGUGCAUUGCUUAUUCCUGUGGACAACAUAGAGAGAAGCUUGUAACUGAAAUCUCAAGAAACAGUCUCUUCCUUGCUCAAGACCCUUACGGGAACUAUGCGGUCCAGUUCGUUCUUGAACUGAGGGAUUUUUCUGCGAUUGCAGCGAUGCUUUCGCAGGUGAAAGGGCAUUAUGUAGAGCUUUCGAUGCAAAAGUUCAGUAGCCAUAUGGUGGAACGAUGCUUAACACAUUGUCCAGAGAGCCGUCCUCAGAUCGUGCGUGAACUCAUCUCUGUUCCUCAUUUCGAUAUACUAAUUCAAGACCCUUAUGCCAAUUUUGUCAUCCAAGCUGCUCUUGCUGUCACCAAGGGUUCACUUCAUGCCACACUUGUUGAAGUCAUCAGGCCUCACUCGAUUCUACGUAACAAUCCUUAUUGCAAAAGGAUCUUCUCAAGAAAUCUAUUGAAGAAUUGAAGUUCAAAAGGCUCCUUCUCUGGUGGAUACGAGUCUGUAAUUUCAAAACGUGUUGUUGUUUUCUUCUUCCCCAAGUUUGUUUGUUGCUCUGAAUAAUCUAAAACUCUACUAGGUAAUAUCACUCUAGGCAAUGUCUACUAUCCAGAUCGAUGUUCUCCUGUUGUUGUUUUUGUUUUUGUUUUGUUGCAUGUACUAAUUUGUUCUUGGAAUGAAAUUUCAUGUUGUUGGUACCGACCAAGUUUUUUCUAAA